UCAGGUCAUGACGUUUGCGGAGGAUUGUUACUAUAAUCAAAAUUAGCUGCUUCGCAAGAGAUUCGUGCGGCAUCUAAUCCCUCAUUGUUAGGAUACUAAAAGCAGACGUUAUGAGAGUCCUCAUAGGUGGAGGUUCGGGUUUUGUAGGCAGAGAACUAACGCAGCUGCUACGCAGAAAAGGUCAUGAAGUCACCAUUAUUUCACGACAGCCGGGUCCUGGAAGAAUCACAUGGGCUGAUCUGGAGUGUGGUGGCCUCCCACCAUGUGAGGGUGCCGUUAAUCUGGCUGGGGAGAUCCUGUUGAAUCCCUUCCGCAGGUGGAAUGAGAGUUACAAGAAGGAGCUAUUCUCCAGUCGGAUAGAUACUACAAGAUCUCUUGUUCAAGCCAUUGCCUCCUCUAGCAGCCCCCCUAAGUCCUGGGUCCUUGUCACAGGAGUAGCAUGUUAUAAACCAAGUCGGACAGCGGAGUACUCUGAGGAAAGUGAGUGGACGCCCUACGACUUCCUCUCCAAACUGGUGAAAGAGUGGGAAGGGACGGGACGUCUUCCUGAAAAUGUGGCCCAAAACACCAGACAGGUGAUAAUCAGGGCAGGGGUGGUGCUUGGUCGAAACGGGGGUGCUAUGAAGCAGAUGUUAACACCAUUCUGGCUGGGCUUGGGUGGCACCCUGGGGUCCGGGCAACAGCCGUUCCCUUGGAUUCAUGUUGCUGACCUGGCAGGAAUAAUAGCCCGUUCCCUGGAACCUUCUCCUGACCCAACCAUCAGCGCUCCAGAGAUCUACAAUGGCGUUGCUCCUGCCCACAACACCAAUUAUGAGUUCACGAAGGCUCUGGGCCAGGCUCUGCAGCGCCCAACUCUAUUUCCUGUACCUGGCAUCGUCAUCAGGGCACUUCUGGGUGCAGAGAGGGCAGUGGUGCUCACAGAGGGCCAGUGGGUGACACCUAAGAAAACACUGGAGACAGGCUACAAGUUCCAGUAUCCAGACCUGGGUUCCGCACUGCAGGAGAUAGUAGGAAGCUAAGAGCUGGAAGCUGGAUCUUUAUUUGCAGGGAACUGCUGCACCUGUGUUCAGUGGGUGAACAUUGAGCUCCUGAAAGGGACUCAGCCCCUUUAUUCAAUGCCCUAGUGGCUACAGACCGAAAUAUUUUUGGCUUUCCAGCAGAAACGUGUUGAAACCGGUGUACCAUGCUAAUUGCCAUGAUGUGGAUCAACCUUUUUGGUCCCAAGAAUUUGGGCACUUUUUCAUGUGGCAUCAAGGGUACAAAACCAUUGCGUUAUCUUUAGAAACAUGUCCACUCCUGUACAGUACAUGUGAUGCUUCCUGAUUUCAAGGCUCAUUUUGGUUACAUUUGUUAAAUUCUUUCAUUUCUAAGCAUUAAUGGAAGACUUGUAGGAAGACCACAGUUCAUUGCAUCCACUAAGAACUGGAAUAUAAGACAGAUGAGAUACUGGGUUUAUCUGUUGGGUCAUUGAAGUAACAGUUGUAAAAGGAACAUAUUAUUACUCAUGGGUCUAUAUAUAAAACACUGAAUCAGAACUCUUAU